AUGUCUUCUUCAACAAGUCUGAGGAGAGAGGUAAUUGGGAUUUAUAAAGAACUCCUCAACCUCGGGCGUUCCUACCCCCUCGGCUACACCUAUUUCCGCACCCGUUUACAUCGCGCCUUCAUGAGCAAUUCUCAUUUGACGACUGCGGCUGAGAUACGCGCGGCGAUUGAACGGGCUGCGUUUGUGAGAAAGGAAAUUGAAGCAUUGUACUAUCUUAAAAGGUAUCGAGCGCUUCGCCAAAGAUACAAAGAAGGAUGA